AUGCUAAGGUUCAAUGUUGUUCUGGGUAUAACAGUUAUCUGUUUUCUACUGCAUCAUGGCUUCACAUUUAUAUUUUAUGUCGUCAUUGCGACUCUUUCCUUUGCUGCUGGUUUCUUUUUAAUGAAUGAACAGCCUGUUGUGCAUUUCCGCAAGAGAGAUCUUUUAUUCUCCAAAGGGAUUCCAAAGGUGACGGCUAUCAUGGAUGCUGAGGGUGUCACGAGACCGAAUAUACGUGUAUCUCCUCAUCAGGACCUGGACUACGUGCUUAACCAGAUUAUGCGAAAUUAUUUUUUGAUGUUGAGGCUGAGACAGAGAAAAGUAUAUGUCACGAAGAAAUCUGUAAUUCUGAAGAUCGGGAAAAAGACCAUCUUCGUUUGCUAA